AUGUGGCCUUCCACUCCGAACUCGCGGCCCGGCACGCCGGCAUCGGAAUCGCCGUCCAAAUCGGGAAGCAUGAAGAGGAACAACAGCAUGACUCGUUUGCCUGAUGAAGCACCAGGCAUCUCAGAGAGGACGGCCACACCGUCUCCAACCAGUUCUGUGGAGUCGUCUCGCCCCGGGUCUUCGGGAUCCAAUCGCAAGCAGGGUGGACUGCUGACGCUGCCGAUUGAGUCAGUCAGUACUCACGUGCCAAUGGCAGCAGGAUACUCAGCAAACUCGCCGGUGCGCAACCAGAAGAAGACUGCUCCAACCACCCCAACGAAUGCCAUGCAACGCUUGCCUGAUGAGCCUUCAGAGUUGGAGAAGCCACCAGAGGCAAAGCAGGAAGCCGCCCCGGUGGGCAACAAGAUGAGUGCCAUGCGGGAAAGGCUCCGUCCCAUCAAAACGCCUGCGGUGAAGCCACCCGAACCGCUGACUAAGAAGAUUGAUAAGAUCUUUCGCACGCUUAAGGCCGGCGAAUCGAUCAACGACACGUAUAACUUUGAGGAAGAGAUCUACAGCGGAGGCUGUAAGGGCCGUGUUUUGGUGGCUCGCAGAAAGGUGGAUGGAGCAGAAGUGGUGGUGAAGAUUCGGGCAAAGCAGAACAACAGGAUGACUGAGCGAAACUGGCGUACCAUCAUGGCACAGAUGCACGGCAUCUCCACCAGUGACCAUGUGCUGGGUUUCUCUGAGAUCGUGGAAGGCGAGAACGAAUUUUUUGUCGUGAUGCCCAAGUGCAACGGCGGUGAGCUCUUUGAAUUCUUGGCGAAUGAGACAGAGGUACCCGAAGCCGAGUGUAAAAGAAUCAUCCGGGAGAUUUUGACCGCGGUAGGGCAUUUGCACGCAAACAACAUCAUCCAUCGAGAUAUCAAGCCUGAAAAUAUCAUGUUUGACAUGGAUUUGCAUUUGGAAUCUUCGCCCAAGACAGUGAAGCUCAUUGACUUUGACACCUGCCAAGAAUGGACCCCACAAACUCCCAAGAGUUGCAGGUUCGUGGGCACGCCUGGCUACAUCGCGCCGGAAGCACUUCAGGGGCAGAUGUCCCCCCAAUCAGAUCUUUGGUCUGUGGGUGUCAUCCUGUACAUCCUUAUGACCGGAGAGAUGCCUUGGAGUUCUAUGGUCAGCUUAGAGGACGGCCUUGUUGGUAGCCCUAGUGCCAAGCAGAUGUACAGAGCUUUGAAGGCAGAAGUCUUGGAGUGGGAAGAGGCACCCUGGCCGGAUUUCCCCCAUGCCAGAGAUUUGUGCCAAAAACUCUUGGCUUUUUCACUGGAAGAUCGCAUGAAAGAUUGCGAAGAAGCUUUAAAUCACCCCUGGCUGAAGGAAUGA